AUGAUCUGUUCUCCAUUCUUCUCCAAUUUCGCCGACACCGUUUUGCCUUUUCCGAUGAUAUUGCCAAAAUGUACCGGCAAAUUUUGGUUGAUGAUCGUGAUAAGCGGCUAUCACGAUCAUCAACCAAAAUUCAUCAAGCGAAUAUUUUGGAGAAACCAACCUUCUGAGCCGUUGCGCAUACUCAAACUCACAACAGUGACCUAUGGCACAGCGUCGGCUCCGUUUUUAGCAACAAGAUCUCUUGUACAAUUGGCUGAAGAUGAGCAAUCUGAAUUUCCUGAUGCCGCAAAAGUAGUUCGUGAAGACUUUUAUAUUGACGAUGUCCUUUCUGGAGCCAAUACUGAAUCAGAAGCCAUUAGCCUCAGGAGGGACUUGCAGAAAAUACUAGCCAAAGGAGGUUUCGAUAUUAGGAAAUGGUGUUCAAAUUCAGAAGUAAUUCUCGCUGAAAUACCUGAGGGUGAAAGAGAAAAGCUGCUGCAGAUUGAUGAUGCCAAUAAUACAGUUAAGAUGCUGGGAUUACAGUGGGAUACUCGCAACGAUCAGUUUCGAUAUUUCUUCCAGUCAGUUGAGUAUAAUGUUCCUAUGCCAAUCACCAAACGAUAUGUGCUUUCACAGAUUUCUAAACUAUUUGAUCCGCUUGGCUUUGUGUCACCAGUAAUAGUAAAAGCCAAGGUGCUAAUGCAAACGUUGUGGUCCCGCAAGCUUGAGUGGGACGAGACCCUUCCAGAUAAUUUGCUUUUGCAAUGGCGUAUUUUGUACAAUUCUUUGCGUUUCCUAAACCAAAUAAAAGUGCCAAGAUGUAUUAUACCGUAUCAUGCCGAUACAUUAGAAGUUCACGCUUAUGGAGCUUGUUUAUAUUUGCGUGCUACCGGUGCAGAAGCCAAAUGUAAUCUCCUCGUUAGUAAGUCGAAAGUUGCUCCUCUAAGUCCCAUGACUAUUCCUCGUAAAGAAUUAUGCGCAGCUCAGUUGUUGGUGCGAUUGCUUAUGAAGUCUAUUCCUGCAUUGAAAUUUCCUGUCUCUAAGAUUGUGCUAUGGUCGGAUAGCCAGAUCGCUUUGGCUUGGCUUCAAAAGGAUCCGAGUCGCUUAGAUGUUUUCGUGCGCAACCGUGUUGCGGAAAUCACCAAAUAUACCAAUCAAUUCUCUUGGCAAUAUGUUCGAUCAGCGGAUAAUCCUGCAGAUUUGAUUUCCUGA